GCCAGCCAGCUCCGGGCCGGACGAGUCGCGCGCUCACUUCCGCGUCCCGCCGCCGGCCGCCGCCAUCGGACAAUGGGCCGCGCGCCGCGGUGAGCCCUGCUGGAGCCGGCUGCCGGCCCCAGGCCAGCCUGAUGCCCAGCAGGUCGGGUUGCCCGACGUGGAUGUGAGUUUGCUGUUUCUGUUUCCGUUCUCUGUCUUCUUUGAUCUGUUUUUGGUUUUCUGGCUUGGAGAAGAGAACUUUUCUGAGCAGGUCGGGCACCGCCGAAGGCUACUCUGCCCCCACGUGGACGCUCCUCAGGGGAAAAGAAGUCUGGAAGUAAACUUAGCCCCGCUGGCCUGAAGGCCUCAACUUUGGCCGGACUGUAAGUUUUGGAGUCAUGACCUUCUCGCUGGGCAGGUGGGAGUCUUUAUCUGCCUCGGGCUGGACCUGAGCCUCGGCCAGCACACAGAUCUCCCCACCCCAUUCACGUCUUGUACCAGGGCUAGGCCCCGGACACUGAUCUGCAACAUGGAUAAAUAUGAUGACCUGGGCCUUGAGGCCAGUAAGUUCAUCGAGGACCUGAACAUGUAUGAGGCCUCCAAGGAUGGGCUCUUCCGGGUGGACAAGGGUGCUGGCAACAACCCUGAAUUUGAGGAAACUCGAAGGGUGUUCGCGACCAAGAUGGCCAAAAUCCACCUCCAGCAGCAGCAGCAGCAGCAGCUCCUACAGGAGGAAGCCCUACCUAGGGCAGGCAGAAGCCCUGUCAACGGUGGGAGCCGUCAGGGUGUGAGCGGCAAGCUGGCUGCGGAUGACGCGGCCAAGCCCCCUCUAGCCGCGCCAGCACCUGGAUUCGCUACCACCACUGUGGCUGUGCAGCCCUCAUACCCUUCUCAAGAGCAGAGGACCAGGCCAUCUGCCCACGGUACAAGGCCUGGCAGUCAGAAUUGUGGUUCCAGGGAGGGGCCUGUGAGUUCCCAGAGGCCUGCUUUCCGCGGUCUGGGUCCCUGUGAAGACCCUUCCUGCCUCACUCAUGGAGACUAUUAUGACAAUUUCUCUUUGGCAAGCCCACAGUGGGGCGAUAAACCAGAAGUGUCCCCCAGCAUGGGUCUGAGUGUAGGGAGUGGGUGGCCUGCUUGCCCAGGGAAUGAUUCCACAUUGCCCAGGUCCCUGAGUGGGGACAGUCAGCCUUACCAGCCACAGCUCUCUAUGUGCUCUGGCAAGUCUUUUGAAAGUGGCAUUAGUGGCCAGGAUGGUGGCAUUGGUGGCCACAGCAAUGAGAAGCCAACAGGCCGUUGGUCCACAGCCUCCUCUCAGCGCGUGAACCUCGGCUUUUCUUCCCUGGGCUUGGAGAAUGGGGCCCCAGCUCAACCCAGGAGCCCCACGGUUUCGGCACCCCUGGUCUCUAGCAGCACCAGCCAAGGGGGUUAUCUGAGAAAGGAUUCUGGUCUGGGAUGUGAGGCUUCAGACAGGGUCUUCAAACCCACUGUGGAUGCUCAGCCUUGGCUCCGGGAUGAACCCAAGUCUUACCUCUCUGCUUCUGCUCCGUUAUCCUCAACAACUGGCAAGGAUGACAGUGUCCAGCCAGGUCUGACCCCUGGGCUAGUUCCUAAGCCUGGAUGCGUGGAGUCUGGUUCCGGUCCCAAGCCCAGCCCCACCAGCCUUGUCCAUCCCGUGAUGACCACUCCGUCUGAGUUGUCUUGUAAAGAGAGUCCUCCCAGCUGGCCCACUGACAGUAGCCUGGGACCUGUGCUCCCAGAGAGCCCCACCCCCUCCAGGGUGAGGUUGCCCUGCCAGACCCUGGCACCAGGCCCUGAGCUUGGACCCUCCACUGCCGAGUUGAAAUUAGAAGCCCUCACCCAGCGUCUGGAGAGAGAGAUGGAUGCUCACCCCAAAGCAGACUACUUCGGAGCCUGUGUGAAGUGCAGCAAAGGGGUGUUUGGAGCUGGCCAGGCCUGUCAGGCCAUGGGGGACCUCUACCACGAUGCAUGCUUCACCUGUGCAGCCUGCAGCAGGAAGUUAAGAGGAAAAGCUUUCUAUUUUGUCAAUGGCAAAGUAUUCUGUGAGGAAGACUUUUUGUACUCUGGCUUUCAGCAGUCUGCAGAUAGGUGCUUUCUUUGUGGACAUCUGAUCAUGGACAUGAUCCUGCAGGCCCUAGGGAAGUCCUAUCACCCUGGCUGUUUCCGCUGUGUCAUCUGUAAUGAAUGUCUGGACGGGGUGCCUUUCACUGUGGACUCAGAAAACAAGAUCUACUGUGUCCGAGAUUAUCACAAAGUACUGGCCCCGAAGUGUGCAGCCUGUGGACUUCCCAUCCUUCCCCCAGAGGGCUCAGAUGAGACCAUCCGUGUUGUGUCUAUGGACAGAGACUACCACGUGGAAUGCUACCACUGUGAGGACUGUGGUCUGGAGCUCAAUGAUGAGGAUGGCCGCCGCUGCUACCCACUGGAGGACCACCUGUUCUGUCACUCCUGCCAUGUCAAGAGACUGGAGGAAGGGCCCUCACCUGCAGCCCUCCCCCAGCACCACUUCUAGCCAGAGACACAGUGGGGAUGCGGGCCAGGGCUGCCCAGGGAGCUCUCUGCGCAGUACUUCUGGGCCCCCAGAACUGGUACACAGGAAGAAGAGGACCAGGAGGUCAAGUUCCUGUGUGUGUGUGGAGGGUAGCUUUCCUUUAACCACAGCAGUGUGCAUGCCCCUCCAGUCCAUGUAUUUUUCAAGUGCUUUUCCCCAUUGCCACACCCUCGACAAGUCACUCAGGAAGAUGUCUUAGCUCAAACAUGGCACAUGACACUUGUGUAACUGUGUAACUGUAAAUGUGUAACUGGACAUUCUACUCCCUGGAAAAAGUUCAUGUUUCACGGGGACAGGUUUUCAGAUCCUGUUGAGCACACGUCACAGUGUCCUUAAGGAGAAACAGUGAUGGAGAUGAGCAGCACUUCCUUCCCCUAGGAAAAGGCCUGCUCCCAGGUAACUCUCACACACCCUAUGGCGUGCUUUAACAGUUUCCACCUCAGAGCUUUAGUUCUUCUGAGAGUGCUGCAAACUCUUAGUUGCAUUACAGCAAGAAAGAAGCAUUGCACAUACUUUGUACCCUUGGAGACUGCUUGGUAAACCAGAGCCAAGUUUAGACGUCUGGGAGGCUGGGUCUCCCUCUUGUGCCUUUCCUCCCAGCAGAGCUGUGGCAGAGGCCUGCCCCUCCUACUCCACCAGCUUUGAGAGAACUGGUGCAGGCACCAGGCUUCUUGCCCACUGCUUGGUGCUGUUUUCCUCAUCACUUCCUCCAGUCUGUGGCAUUGGAGUUGUGUCCUCAAGGUGACCUCAGAGUCACCCUGACCCUGACACCUUUUUUAGCUUAUUUGCGCAUGACCUUUGGGAAUCACAGUCCAUAUCUUGGGAGAGAGCUCCUUCUGAAAGGAAAAUUUCUGUGUAUGAAAUCUCAGAGCUAGCACCAGAAGGAGUGCCAAAGAGGUUGCCAAGCUGUUUCAGAGGUAUCUCUCUUGCCCACUUCUCAGCAGAGACAUGCAUUCGGUUUGAAGAAACCAAUAUAAGGUACACUUUUUUGUCUCUUUUUUCCUCAUUACUUCUCUACUUUUUUCUACACACAAAACAUACCUCACAGAUAGUUUUCACCAGAUCACAGAUCAAAGAGGAAUUAACACAUCAUAUUGGAGACUGUUGGUGUGUUAGCUGUGGCCAGUCUCCCACUCUUGACUGCAGCUAAGCAGUUGCAAAGCAAGGUCAUCUGAGACCAGAUGCAACUGAAAUCAUCACUCUGGCCCCAUGGACCUCUACGCAGUAGCUCCUAGGGUAGCUGGGCUAAGAGAGAGAUCACAUGCUGACAAAAUAUCAAGACCACGUCUGAGCUGGGUAUGUGGGCGCACCUGUCCUCUUAAUAUUUGAGAGGCUAAAGUUUGUGAAGUAGGAGUUUAAGGCAGUUCUCAACUAUAGGAGACUCUGACCCACAUAAAAAUUUAGAAUUAAGAAAAAGAAAGAGAGAAAAAACAACAAAAACCUACCCAGCACUGAAGAACAUAAUUAACUCUUCCUAUCACUUCCUGAGGCCAAAGCUCAUUGCCUCCUUGGUAGUUCCAAUGGGUAAAACUGGAAAAACAAAAAACAAAAUGGGUUUCUAUCUGCCCUCUUAUCUUCAGGGAGUGCCACCUGGCUCGUGGCAGGAAGUCGGGCUGGGUACCAGCAACUGGCCUAGGCGAUGGAGCAUGGUCAGUAGAGCCUACCGCACGUGAGUGUGGACCCCUGACUGGGCCCUGGCUCUACCUGUGGGCUGUUUAAUCCUGCUGGCCUCCAUUACCUGUGAGGUCAGAAUUAGCACUGUGGACCAGGACCAUCUUUUUCAUUUUUGUAAGGUUCAUUCUGUUGAGAUCCUUUGGCCAGAGGUACUUCUUUGUUUCCUAUUCUAGAGCCCCCUUUAAAAACCUAUGAAUACGUGGGGCUAUGGAGCUAGACCCCGAGGCCAGUCCUGUUUCUUCCCUUCAAGUUAUCUAGCUUGGCUUUGGCAAGGCUGGCAGGGAAAGAAAAUCAGCCAGUAUGUCUUUGCCAUCUUUGAUGUUCUGGUCUAGUCUUUGCCAUCUUUGAUGUUCUGGUCUAGUCUUUGCCAUCUUUGAUGUUCUGGUCUAGUCUCUGCCAUCUUUGAUGUUCUGGUCUAGUCUUAAUUUUAAGUCAAGAUGAUUGAAGAAAAUUGCAGUGGAAUCCAUGUCAGACGUAGAAAGGAUUUGUUCGCAAACUAAAUAAUUUAAAACUCUGAUUAAUUUUUGAAUGAAAUUCCUGAUGGAGGUGAUUCAGAUGUGUUUGCAAAUACUACAUUUUAUAUUAUUGAAAAGAACAAUAAAGGAAUUUACAGACUUCCCAGAA